AAUCAUUUUGAGAUCUUGCAAAUAAUGGGAAUAUAUAUUUAGAAGGAAAGGAGUCAAAUGAACUACAUACUAAGUUACUCAACAAACAAAAUAAAGGAGGCAUUUUGGAGUUUCCUCAAGGGUAUCUCUCAGUACAAUCGAAGUUUCUCUUGGAGACGUAGAAAUCACCGAAAUAAAUUUUGUCUCUACUAAUAAAAUAUUUUUCAUACACACGGCUAGAGAAUGAACUCUUGUCAACAUGCUUAUGGGAGUCAGCAGGCUAUUUGACUUUGUUGGUAGCACUUUUUAUUUAUUUAAUCUUGUAAAAUUAUUGUUGUACGUGGUAAAUGGGCCGAUAUGAGGUUGGGCCACCGGCCUAACCCAACAAGAAACGGGCAUAUAUAAAGGGUUUGUUUUUCUUGCAAUUUAGAUAGAAAUGGAGAAGGAGAAGGUGAUGAUGAGUGAGGAAGCAAUAGAGAGAAUAUCAGAGAGGCUUUCAUGUUUAGAGAAGGAGAACCUUUACUUCCCACGCGCUCUCGAAUCCACUUCCGUCCUUCCUUCACAACGCAAGGCCAUUUUCCGCGACCUUCUCUCCAGAGACGUUGCUCUUUUCUUAGAACGAUAUGGUUCACAACUCACGUGCAAUGAGCUGAGCGAAUUCGAAUCGAUGAAAGGGGACGAUUACGAGGUUAAUUGGCACAUAAAGCGGUUGAGGAGCGUGAUGAGGCCGACGUCGGAGGAGUUGAGGAAGAGGUCGGUGACGGUUAAGAAUCGGAGGAGGGCUUACUUGAACAAGUUGAUGUGCGAUGGGAAAUACUUCUCUGAAGACGCGAUGAGGGAAAGAGAGCCCUAUCUGCAUCACGAUUACGUCGGCAAGUUUCAGGACCAUACCGGCAGAGCCAUGGCCCGCCCCGGAGAGCGGUGGUCGGAGACGCUCUUGAGGAGGUGCGAGGAAGCCGAGCUUGUUGCCAAGAUUAGAGGUGAACAGCAGAGGAUGGGCGUGCCUCAAAGGGAUUGGAUUGGCAAUGACAGAUUUCAACAAGAAGAAGAAGAAGAAGAAGAAGAAGAGGAAGAAGAAGAAGAUGAUGAUGAUGAAGAAGAAGAAGAAGAGAGGGGAAAAGGUAGUAGCAAUGCAGGGCCUGUUGAGAGGCACUUGAAUCAGCCUGAUGUAGUUGAUGAUGAUGCCCUAUCUGAUGAUCUAGCGAGAGAGAGUCGGGAAUCAACUUUAUCUGCAGAAGAGCUCGAGGACCGGAUGAAUCAAUUCACCUACAUUAUGCAGCAGAAGUUUCUAUUAGGGGAAGAUCACGAACAUCUAGAUUACUCUAAAAUAGAUAAUGAUGAGUCUCUUGACGAUCAUUGGCAGAGGGAGGCCAAUAUUGAUGCAGAGGAGAGAUAUUUUGCUGAUGAUUAAACUAUAGCAUCAUACUGGGUAAUACGGAAUCGGAUGUACUGUUGCAUAAUUUUUGCUCCCUUUUCCCAUCUUGAAAUCUAUGCUGUACUUCAAUUAACGGGAAAUGUAAUAUAAGGGUUUUUGCAUCUUAUAUGGGGAAUAUAAUUGUGAUUAGCAACUAGUUAUUGGUCACACGCGUAUUUCCCCCAAUUACUCCCACUGUAGGCAUCCGAUUGUGGCUUAAAAU